AUGCCAAAGAAAGCGAAGACUCGUCGUAUAGCUCCUAUUCGGACAGUUUCUAUACGUCGAGCUCCCCCAUCGCCGCCUGCCAGUCAGAAUACGAACACUACACUGGCAACUUCAUCAACAGGUAUAGCAGGACCCGGAUCUAUGCCUGCAUCAACCGCUACAUUGCACGCAGAUAACGAAGGCUCCAAGCUUUCACAGCAAGCAGAUGCACUGGCGAGGAUGACUUUUCAAGUAAAUCUCAAUGCUGUCUCGAAGAUUGCAUACGCGCUACAAGACGACGUCAAGAAGCUUGUUCUGCGGACUUCGGACAACCACGAAUACAGGCGAGAAAACGAAGAACGGUUGACAAGAAUGAUGCUCGAAGUACAGACUAUAAAACAAUUCAUGACUUCUCUGAAGGACACCCCUCCAGCUACGCAGGCUGAUAUUGAGAGAGCACAAGAGGAGAUGCGACAAACUGUGAGAGAAUGGCACACCAGGGUCAACGGUAUAGAAACCCGAGUUGAAGCAAUCUCCAAUGCAGCGAAACAACCGCCCAAGCCAGUGAUCACAAAGCCAGUGACCACAAAGGCCGUCAACCCAGGGCCAUUUACUCCCGACACUCUCGGCAGAGAGACCAGGUCGGCCAAAAAAGCCAGGAUAGAGGCCGACGCAAGUGCACAAGGGCAGCAAAGUAUCGAACUAACGAAUUCUUCCAACUUGUCAACCCCUGAAGGUCGCAUCCACGAAGCGAUCAACUCUACGAAACGUUGGAACCGUGAACACAAGGUCACCAGGCUGAAAGAUAACCAAUACAUCGUCUCGUACUUCACAAAGCAAACGGAACGAGAUCCUCAACUAGCGAGCAUACUUCAGCGGACGUUCCAGAACCGUGUUGUGAAGAAUGUCGAGGGCAAAGCUAACCCUCGAGGCCUUGAAGAGUGCAGCAACUAUGCCUCGUGGGACGAUGUUACAGAUACAGCUGCGAAAGUUCUGAUCGCUAAUGAAAAGAAGCUUGUAGAGCUACUGCAACGAAAAUGA